CUUUUCAAUUGUCAUCUUGGAUUUUUAAUUUGUUAUUACUCACGGUGAAGCAAGUAAGUCAGUAUGAAAAUAUUAUUUUUGGUAGGCUUUUUGAUUGCAACAGUAACAGCCGAAGAAAAAUAUACUAGCAAAUACGAUUCUAUCGAUUAUCAUUCGAUAUUGGCUAGCGAGAGGUUGUUGAAACAUUAUUAUGAUUGUUUGAUGGAUGCAGGACCGUGUACACCCGAUGGAAAAGAAUUGAAAAGUGUUAUAUCGGAUGCAUUGGAAACGGAAUGUACAAAAUGCACAGAAAAACAAAAAGACGGAGCGAAAGAAGUAAUCGAAUAUAUGGUUAAGAAUAAAGUUGACUGGUGGAAAAAUUUGAUGAAUAAAUACGAUCCUGAUGGAAUUUACAAGGAAAAAUAUCAAGAUGAAUGGAGAAAGCUGGGCUAUCCAUUCUUGAUAAAAGAUAAAGGAUUGAAAAUGGGAUAUCUGUCGUUAAUUUUCUUACUUGCUGUCGCAUCUUGCGGUGCUUUAGCCCAAACAUAUAACACAAGAUAUGAUAACAUUGAUAUUGAUCAAAUUUUGUCCAACAAAAGGGUAUUAGACAAUUAUAUAAAAUGCAUAUUGGAUGAUGAAACCAGAAGGUGUUCACCAGAAGGGCGAGAGUUUAAAAAAUAUAUACCAGAGGCCAUACGAACAAACUGCGCUAAAUGUUCGGAUGCCCAAAAGAGGAUAACUAAAAAGGCUUCUAUCUACAUUAUGCAACAUAGACCGCAGGAUUGGGAUAAAAUAAGAAAGAAGUUCGAUCCCCAAGGAAAAUAUCAAGACAGUUUCGCUGCAUUUCUUAAGAGUGUAGCUUAAAAUAAUAUUUAAGUGUUUUAUCUUCUAUUAGACUAUCUUCUUUAUGUGUUAUUUAUUUUAACAACUAAAAAUAAAACCAAAAAUCUA